CCUCUCUCUCGCCCGGGCCAUUUCCACAGAUGAGGACGAGUCACCUGGCCGAGAAGAAGGCGGCGGCGGCGGCAACGGCGACCGGGCUGAGGUAACCGGGCUGAGAGCACUCUCUGGUCCCCUACCUGUUACUAUGAGUCUGCUACACAGUAACAACAGCAGCUUUGAAGCCAGUGGUCAGGAUAGCGGCUGCUGUGCAGCUAUGGCCAGCUGUUCCAUUGCUGGAGCCAAAGAAAAAAGCAUCAACACCAGUGUCAGCAAUGGCACUGGGGGAACACUUUCAAACUCUUUCAUGGAAGAAAUCCAGGGCUAUGAUGUGGAGUUUGAUCCUCCGCUGGAAAGUAAAUAUGAAUGCCCAAUCUGUCUGAUGGCUCUCCGGGAAGCAGUGCAGACACCAUGCGGACACCGUUUCUGCAAAGCUUGCAUUGUCAAAUCCAUAAGAGAUGCUGGUCAUAAAUGUCCAAUCGACAACGAAAUUUUACUCGAAACUCAACUCUUUCCUGACAACUUUGCAAAACGGGAAAUCCUAUCGCUGACGGUGAAGUGUCCCAACAAGGGCUGUCAUCAGAAGAUGGAACUCAGGCAUUUAGAGGACCAUGAGCUGCAUUGCGGCUUUGCUCCAGAGAAAUGUCCCCAGUGCCAUGCCAUUUUCCAAAAGAAUCAGAUACAGGAUCAUAUAAAGCAAGAAUGUCCACGACGACAAACCUCCUGUCCAAACUGUGCUGUGUGGAUGCCUUAUGAAGAAAAAGAGGUUCAUGACCAGAUGUGCCUUUUAGCAAAUGUCUGCUGUGAAUACUGCAAUACAGUGCUAAUCAGAGAACAGCUUCCUAAUCACUACGAUAACGAUUGCCCAACUGCUCCAGUACCGUGUACAUACAGCCCCUUUGGAUGUCCAGAAAAAAUGCAGAGAAAUGAGUUGGCACGGCAUAUGCAGGAGUUCACCCCAGUCCAUAUGAGAAUGAUGGCUCAGACUCUCCUGAAUAUCACUAAUUUCCAUGGCGCUAUCCCAUAUGACCCAUCACCUUCCUGUGAAUGUAGCCCAGAGGUCCACAACUUCAAGGAGACGAUUCAACAACUGGAAGGUCGCUUGGUAAGGCAAGAUCACCAGAUCCGAGAACUCAUAGCAAAGAUGGAGACACAAAACAACCAGAUGAGAGAUCUCAAACGCACUAUCCGAAAUCUGGAGGAAAAAGUCGCAGAAGUGGAAUCACAGCAGUGUAAUGGUAUUUUCCUGUGGAAGAUUGAGAAUUUCAGUGUUUACUUGAGAGCGCAGGAGGAAGAUAGGCCUGUUGUAAUCCACAGCCCAGGCUUCUACACAGGGAAACCCGGCUACAAACUCUGCUUGCGGCUGCAUAUCCAGUCCCCGAAUGCACAGCGCUGUGCCAACUAUAUUUCCCUUUUUGUUCAUACGAUGCAAGGGCAAUAUGACAGCCACCUGCCUUGGCCCUUCCAAGGCACCAUACGGCUUUCUAUCCUGGAUCAGUCAGAAGGAUCGUCAAGGCACAACCACGAGGAAGUGAUGGAUACCAAGCCCGAGCUGCUUGCUUUCCAGCGCCCCAUGGUCGACCGCAACCCAAAAGGCUUUGGAUAUGUGACGUUUAUGCAGUUGCAGGCGCUAAAACAAAAAAACUAUAUAAAGGACGAUAGUAUCCUAGUGCGCUGUGAGGUCAUAACACGCUUAGACUUAAACAGUCUCCGAAGGGAGGGUUUUCAGCCUCGUAGUACUGAUGGGGCGGCAUAGGCCACCAUGCUUCAGGCUUGAGCUUUUGCUGGUCAACUGUGAUAAGGGCUGCAGAUGAAUAAAGAGAUUCAUCAGAAUGGCAGAUCCUUGAAGCAGAACCAAAACUGCCAUUCUGAGAUGCUUUUCAGAGCAUGGAAAGUGUUUCCUCUUGGAGUUAUUUGUAUUCAAAGUGGUAAAGACGACGUCCUGAUGGUCUAAAUAAGUAAGCUAAAUAACUAUGCUAUGACGGGUAUGUUACCAAAAGUUAAUAAAAACUAUGCAGUACCAUUUUUAGGAUAGCAGAGGCUUGGUCAGAUUCUGCUUUUUAUUUGAUGGUUGCAUUACCUUGGUGUAUACAUCUCAAAGGAGCUGAAUUAUUUGACUGCUUAACCUGGUAGCUUGCUGGGGACUUUCAGCCAAGACUAGAUUUUGAACCAGAACAAACCUACUAAAUAAGCCUUGGGAGUAUCAUAGCAGAAAGCAAGCACACCUAUAACUUCAUUGAUACGCUGUCAAUAACCCUUGGCAGGAAUGUUGGUUCUCUGUUUGCCACGCACCUUUUUGCAAACCUCAGUGAGCUUGAGCUGUAAAUUGGUUGUCUUCACUUUAUCACUUCCCUUCCCAUGGAAUUUUGUAUUGAGAAUCCAUUCUCAACAGCUGCUAGUAUGGUGGAAUGUGUAGAAGUUUUUGAUCUAUCAAAAAGCUCAGUGUGGCGCUGCCCUAGAGAAGCUUAAUGAUUUCAGCCUGGUUAACUCACUGAUGAGAUCGCCAGGCUUGUCUUCAGCCUUUUGCCUUCCCAUUGUGUCUUCUUUUUGUUGUAUCUCUGAUCCAGCUGUAUUUUUGCCCUUGUAGUGGUGACAGAAAAUUCUAUAAGUGUGCAAACAUGUCUUCUUUUGUACUUGAAA